UACUCCAGCUACUUUGGAGCAGAACUACAUAGUUUGUGAGCUACAUCAAAAGAUAAGUGUGCUCUACUCCUUUUUGAGAAGCCACCUGAAGAAGAAGAGUAUUGUCUUUUUCUCCAGUUGCAAAGAGGUGCAGUACCUGUACCGAGUGUUCUGCCGGCUCCGUCCCGGAAUUUCUAUCCUUGCUCUCCACGGCCGACAGCAGCAGAUGAGAAGAAUGGAAGUCUACAAUGAGUUUGUCCGCAAGAGAGCUGCGGUGCUCUUUGCUACUGAUAUUGCAGCCCGAGGGCUGG